UUAGAUAAAAUAGACUAAAUGAUGAUAUUACUACAAGUUUAGCUUCUUCUAUACAAAAUUGGAACUAGAUUUUAAAAAUUGAACUCAUACUUAAGUAAAAUUGUAUCGAAUAUUUGGGUGUAUCAAGUUUAGCGACUGCUUUAACAAAGUGUUCUAAUCUCUAAAUUUUAAAACUUUUAAUAGGAGAAAAUAGAAUUGGUGAUUAAGGUUUUUAAACUUUAGGUUGCUCUUUAGCAAAGUGCAAAAAUCUGUAUGCUUUAAUACUAGAUAUUUCAGAAAAUUUCAUAUAUGAUGAUAGUAGUGUAUAAAUUUUAGGUUAAGCUUUAAAAAAUAACUCAAAACUCUAAAAUUUAGUUCUUAUAUUUGGAAUUGAUUAUUGCUAUGAUGAUGGAAUAUAUGGAUCAGAGGGUAUUGGCGUCAACAGUAUUAGCUCUGCAUAAAGAGAAAAAUUUAGAAAACAAAUUCUUUAAAUGAAGACAUUGGUAUUCAAAAGGAUAGAAUUUUAUUGA